AUGCAAGAAACAAGAGCUUCAAUUCGGAACCUGGAAGUACAAGUGGGUCAGCUGAGCAAGAGGAUACCUGAGAGACCUACUAACACUCUUCCUAGUAACACAGAAGUAAAUCCAAGAAAAGAAUGUAAGGCCCUUGCCAUGACCAAGGAUGCCGAGCCUAAGGAGGUGCAUGCUGUUGAGGAAUUGAAGGAAGAAAAGACUCAAGAAGAGGCUAGAAGUACAUUCGUACACGCCACAUUAGUGGCACAGGAGCCUGAAGUGUUGGAGAAGAUGCCUCCCUAUAUAGCCUUUAUGAAAAGCCUACUCUCUGAGAAGAAGGCCUUGAAGGAAGAUGAAAUUGUGGUCUUGACCAAAGAUAGCAGUGCAUUAAUACAGAGGAAGCUACCCAAGAAGAUGCUUGAUCCAGGAAGAUUCCUAAUUCCUUGUACUAUUGGGAAUAUUACUUUUGAGAAAGCAUUGUGUGGUAUUGGUUCAAGUAUAAAUUCGAUGCCUUUGUCUGUGAUGAAGAAGAUGCGAAUCCAAGAAGCACAGGCAACAAGGAUAACCCUGCAAAUGGCAGACAAGUCUCUGAGGCAAGCAUAUGGGCUAGUGGAGAACGUACUGGUCAAGGUUGGAGAGCUAUUAUACCCUGCAGAUUUCGUGAUACUUGACAUGGGAGAGGAUACAGAUGAUUCCAUCAUCCUAGGAAGGCCAUUCCUAGCCACUGGAAGAGUCGUCAUUGAUGUUAAGAGAGGUGAAUUGGUGUUGAGGUUACAUGAGGAUUAA